AUGCCGAAGCCGCAUAAGCCUUGGUAUGAUGAGAAUGCUAGAUGUGCCUUUCAUGCUAAUUCAGAGGGUCAUAUAAUAGAGAAUUGCAAGGUGUUCAAGCUUCAGGUCCAAGAGUUGGUAGAUCAGAAAAUAUUGUUUUUUGCUGAUGUUCCAAAUGUGGGGAACAAUCCUUUGCCUAAACAUGAUAGUUCAGGUGUCAAUGUUAUAGAAAGUUCAACUGAUGAUGGAUUGAUAAAGGAUGUGUUCAAGUUGAAGACUCUUUUAACAGUGGUCCAUGCUAGAUUGAUGGAAGCAGAAUUGAUGAAUGGAUUCACUAGAGAAAAGAUUGAUGAGGACGUUGCUGUGAUUGUGCCUGUGGUUGAUCAAGAGAGGUUUCCCAAGCCUUUUGUGGUCCCUUAUCAGAGAAAUGUUGACCUAGAGCCAGUGAAGAACAUUGAGCCCAUGAUUAUUUAUGUUCCCGCUCCAUUCUCAUUUGACAGUACCAAAGUAGUGCCUUGGAACUAUGAGCCUAUAGUUUAUGUGGGUAACAAACCUGUAAUCUUGAAAGAGCCAGAUGUGACUAACAUGGCUGGAGCUAUUGGUGUGACUCGAAGUGGAAGGGUUUUCGCUCCUGAAGUGAUCCCAAACAAAGAAAGUGCACCAACAGUUGAACCAACGAAAGGGAAAAAGGUGAAUCCUCCAGAAGCAGGAGAAAGCUCAUCUAAGAAAGAAGUGACUGGUGAAGAGGAUAGAGAACUCUUGAAGUUCAUCAAGAAGAGUGAUUACAAGUUCUUGAACGAAGCUUAUGUGGCAGAAGACAUCAGUGUUAUUCAGUUUGAUAAUGUGGUUGCUAAUCUCAAUGCUAGUAGUUGUUUGAUGUUCACUGAUGAUGAUUUACCCCCUAAUGGGCGAGAACAUAAUAUGGCGCUUCAUAUCUCCAUUCAGUGUACAAAUGUCACUUUGGCUCGAGUACUAAUAGAUACAGGUUCAUCCUUGAACGUGUUACCUAAGACUACCCUGGCACAAUUGAAUAUUGAAGGGGUGCAGAUGAGACCCAGUGCUUUGAUAGUGAAAGCUUUUGAUGGGUCUAAGCCAACGGUUAUUGGGGAGAUUGACCUCCCAAUCCUGAUUGGCCCUCAAACUUUCCGUAUUACCUUCCUGAAUCAGUAUCCGGAGAGGAAGAUAUUUUCGUCAGCCAUUUGA